UUCAAGUGGGUAGGUUAUAAAUCAUUCAAAAGGGACAUACUUUAACAGCAGUAAAAAGAGCACCGUUAGUUUUAUCAAUUCGGGAAUAUUGGUUGGUGGAAAUUGUGUAUCAGUGUGUUUCGAACUGUGGACUACACAUAUUUAGGGCAUUUAAUUGUAUAUGUUUAUGUUAUGCUCUUAAUAGUUGUCAUACAAGGAGCAAUACCAUAACGUCAGUGAUUUUAAGUGCCUCAAUGAUAUCAAAUUUAAUGUUGUUUCUUUUCACCGUUUUAUUUCAACUUGUCAUUGCCACUACAGAUUGUGAUCCGGGCUGGUUCGGCUCCAAAUGUCAAUACAAAUGUCACUGUGUCAACACCUGUGAUCAACAAGGUGGUUGUGUCGACGGGUCAUCAUGUGCACCUGGGUGGUUUGGUCCUCUGUGUCAGUACCAGGACCUGGCCACGUUGAAUACUUCAUCCACCCUCCCACCUGAUUUAACCGAUGGAGACAGCAGUACCUGUAUAGAGGUGCAAACAUUUACAAAAACCUGGGACAUCCCAUAUGGCUUCACCUGGAUUAGGAUAAUUACUAAACAAAAAGCUUCUCUUCAAGGUCUGGUGUUAAAUCUUAAGAAUGCCAGCACUGAUUCAGCCACUAGAUGUGCCGAUGUUACAGUAAUCAAUGUUACCAACACGAUCUAUGAUGUGUUAUGUGAUACGCGAAGUGUUACCAAACAAGUAGAAAUCGUUUUUCUGUCACAGAUAUCAAUUUGUUCAGUACACUUCAGUGGAGGACGAAAUGUGGCUCUUAAAGAAAAAACAUGGCAAACUAACGAUUAUUCUGAAAUUAUAAAUGGCAUCAACACAACCCUCGAUGCUUCCAGAGCUGUGGAUGGUAACACCAAUGCGAAUUUUACUUACGCAUCUUGUACCCAUACCAAAGAUGACGAUAAAAAAGAAACUUGGAGUGUUAUGUUUUCCAAUGAACAUAAUGUAAACAGAUACAUUCUAUACAACAGAGAACCACAUUCAGAUCGGCUUCACAAGUUUACAUUGAUAAGCUACUCACAACGUGGUACAGAAUCGUUUAGUUAUGCAGAUAAAGACAUGACAGAUAAACCAUUCUACACCAUAACAACCGGACCUUUCCCCGUUGCAAAAGUGAACAUAACUAGUUCCACCAAAAUUUUAACUUUGUGUGAGGUGGAGAUAUACGGAGAUAUAAUAUGCAAUGAACCAAACUACGGCCUAGAAUGUACCAAGACCUGCAACUGUAACGACCCAACUGAGACAUGUUUUGUAGCUACAGGUGGAUGUCAGUCUGGUUGUGCUGCUGGAUAUCAAGGGGUGGGGUGUUCACAAUCGUGUGAUAAAACACAUUAUGGAUCAAAUUGUAUAAACGAUUGCUCAAAAAACUGCACUAACGCUGAAUGUAACAGUACUAGUGGAGACUGCUUUAGUUGUAACCCAGGACUUCAAGGACGUCUGUGUGAUAAAGCGUGCAACGCAACAUAUUAUGGGCAAGACUGUAGUAAAAGAUGCAGUACAAAUUGUACAGACCUAUUGUGUAACAAUGUCAACGGUUUCUGUAUCAGUUGUAUCAAUGGAACGCAUGGCGAUCUAUGUGAAAAAGUUAAGCUGUGA